CCACCACCACUCCAUCCACCAGCUCCAUCUUUUUCUGCCGAGUCCAACUUUUUGCCACCGGGGCGUUUUUCGAGAAUAUCGCCGAUCGUUUCCUGGACCGUCCGAUCGAGGCCGAGGCACGUACCUGCCCCCCCCCGCCGCUCCUUUGAUCUCGCCGCUUUCGCUUUUGUCUCGCCCCCCCACGGGUCAUGUAGAGGAGUCGUGUCUCCCUGUGGUUACAGCCUGAGAUCCACGGAUCGACCCGGGAGGAGACUCUGUCGGUGAAUGCAGCACCGCGUGCCCGCGCACAGGUGCACGCGCCCACCAUGUUGCUUCAAGCGCUCUUGCUCGUCCAGCUGCUGUCCUGGGGGGAUCCGGCCUGCACGAGGAGGCUGCUCGCCACACAAGACCAGGACCAGGAGGUGUUCGUAGAUGAGGGGGACGCCCACUCGUUCCUGGGUCGCCAGCUGCUGUUCAAUCGGUUCGACUUUGAGAUUUUCGUCCCCGGUAACCUGGAGAGGGAGUGUCAUGAAGAAGACUGCAACUACGAGGAGGCAAGGGAGGUGUUUGAGAACAUCCCGGAUACAGACGCUUUUUGGAAGAAGUACAACGACGCUAAGGACAAUCGCCCGAACGUGGAUGUGACGUCUCUCCUGGUGGGACUGAUUAUUGCUGCAGUGGCCAUUGUUGUCAUUAGCCUCCUGCUUUGGUAUUUCUGUCAUGGCAAAUGUAAAGAGAGUUUCAGCCCGUCAAGUUCCAUACGGGUUCGCACUGGGAGGACUAACGCUUCUCUAAUAAUGCGCCGGCUAGAGGAGGUGUCCCUAAACCCUGUGCAGCCACCUGGGCCUGGACUCCCUAUGGAGGUGAUCGUCCCCCCCGGGCUGCCGUCCUACGAGCAGGCAAUUGCAAAAAGUGGACAGCACGACGCCCCACCUCCUCCCUAUCCUGGGUCACGCCCUGGAAGCAUCCGGCGGUAGUACCUUCAGGAAUCGGAAGCAAUACAAUAAAACUAUCAUUUGCAAGUUUUUUAAUCAUCACAAGAUUUGAAAUGGUGCCUUAUGCCCUUUGUUUAUUGCUCUGAAUCAACCUGUGUUUUUCUACUCACACAUCAUUCCAUCUUCUCUGCUUUGUUGGUGCAUCUUUUCCUUGGAAGUGUAAUCUUCUCUCUUUGACAUGCUAUUUCCUCAGCUGUGGGUUCAGUCACAUAACCUCUACCCUCUGCCGAAUGAGCUUUAUAACACAUUUUACUCAGUUUGCUGCUUUAUUUGUCAAAAUGAAAAUGAAGAAUCAGUACAGUGUUGGACAUGAGUGCUUUAUAUUGAGGGAAUCCUUCUUCUCUUAAAGGUGGUUGUUUUCGAUACAAGACUGAGUGAAAGACGAGGGUUUUGUUUCAUUACACUAAGUAUUAAUGGUAAUCACUGAGAGAGACUGGUGUGUUGUCAUAUGGUUCCCUGUCUCUUUGUGAAGGAAAAUUAAAACAUGGUGUCAUGAUUCAUUUAGCCAUGAAUGGAAAAACAACUCAAGAGUUUUUGAUGCACUGGUCUACCAGUUUUUUUUUUCUUUUUUAAAGGUUUACUUUGUAAUUACAGCUGUGUAUCAACAAAUGCUUUAGUCCGAUUUUGUUUUCAUGUGCUGAUUUUGUGGUUGCUUUAUAAAGUUAUAAUGUGUUUGAAAUUUAUAUAAUUAUGAGACUGCUCUACUAAUAUGUGAAGUUUUUAAUUUCAUGAUCUGUCUUCUGGUUGGUUUUAUUAAAUGUAUUAUGAACUCUUCAGAGACGGUUUUCUAACAUUUCCUCAGGACAAUUUUUACAGUUAGACCAUUACUGCUGUUAUGACUAUGAAAGUAACAUUAGAACAGCAUGUGUGUAACAAAGCCACUCAAUUAGCUGUAGUUUGAAUGAGUUUCAUUUUAAUGACACGAUGCAGAAAUAUGUAUCGCUCACCUUCACCAAAGUCUCAUUAUGACAAGAGGAUUUACCGAGGCCUCGUUGGUUCAGGCUGACCCGAAGCACUAAAAAAACCUUUUCCAGAUGUUUGUUGUCUCAUCUUCCAACUGUAUCUGAGAUUGUCAAUGUGUGUAUGCAAACUGAAGAGAGCUGUAUGUGGCUAUUUUACAAAUUUUGUAAUUUUUCAGAAUUUUCUCAUCCACAUUCGAUAAAUCAUGGUUUAUUCUUCAACUGUAAAAGACAUAUGUGCAAUCUGGAACGCUGAGGUUGACAUCAUCUUGGAAGUAUAAUGAGUUUACACCAAAGCAACCUUCUUAUGUCACUUUUCUUCUGUGUGUGAACAUUGACUCAUAGAGGUUUUCAUAUCAGAUUUAAACACAUCUGUAUGUAAAAUGUUUACGGUUGUCGUUAAAAUGAUUGAGGACUAUGUUCACAUGUUUCAAGAGCUUCAUGUGAGAUUACACUUUUUAAAUGGGUUGAAAUAAUUAAAUAAUUAAUAAAUGUUAUUUUUACAAUCAAAUUGUAUGUCCGGAAUUGACUGACAAGGACCUGUUGAUGUUAAGAUGACACAUUGCCUCUUCUUUAAUCAAAUAGACAUGUGUACAUUUCUUGUAUCACACAAAUAAAAUACAUUAAAGAAAUGUCAGCAGCUCCAGGCCAUAGGAUUUCAGGAUAUCAAGAUAUUGGAUACUGUUUGAACGCUUGCGUGAAUAUCAAUACUGAGAAAUUUACAUUUUUACCUGUUAACAACACAAAAAAUGAAAAAAGUAGGAAUAUGCAGUGUAGAGAAUUCAUCUAUUUUUAUCAAGGAUGGCAAAUGGUUAACAAAAUAAAGUGUAGCUGCUGACUAAAGUUAUUUCAGGCUCUCACAGAGUGGAACUACAUCUAUCAACUAUUCUACACAUUUCUAAAGAGGGGCUCUUAAAAUAUUAGGAGAUUUGCCUGUUUAUUUUGUAUUAUUAAUUUAUUCAUCAGGAGUUUAGGCCGGAUUGUAUGAACACAAAUUAUAUCAAGAUAAAAAACAAAUAAAUGAUUCUAAAAAGUUGAA